ACUGUAGCAAAGGAUCCAGGUUGGAAGACUUGUCCUAAGGCAUGGCCACAGUGGAGCAUGCUACUUGAAGAUUGAGAAGACUGUUGUGUCUUCUGCUGUUGUGUUCAUGAUUCUCUGGAGGCCUAAGUAUUCUUGGUUUUCUGUGCUUUUCAUUGGUUGUCUUCCACUAAUGUUCCACAUCACUGAAUGGUGGACAUUGGAGCUUCCCUGCAUCACUGUUUAUUUGCUUCUACCGUUCUGUCAUUGUAUUUGAAAAGUUUGUAUUGUGAAAUGCAAAUUGAGCACAUCACUUUCUGGAAAUGGACCAUUUGAUCAUUUGUUAAUAGUUUUGUUUUGUAAGUUGUUAGAUUUGACUUUAUCCCUUACCUGACAUAAUUAUAACAAAUGUUCUUUAUAGCAUACCUUUUUAAAAACUUCCUUGACUCUUAGCAUUCUGUGUUCUUCUUUUUGAAGUAAUAUGUGUAUAUAUGUGUGUGUAUAAUACAUAUCUAUGUAUAUAUACAUGUUUGUGUGUAUAUAUACAUAUAUAUUCGUAUAUACACAUACACAUGUAUAUUUAUGGAAAGUAUAUGAAAGCACAUAUAUAGAUUCUAUAGAGUAGAUAUUAAUACAUAUGUUCUAUACACAUAUAUAUAUGCUAUGUAUAUAUAUGUUUAUUUAUUUAUAUAUACUAUGUAUAUUAGGGUGUUUGGGGUUUUGUUUUGUUUUUUUGAAGCAAUAUUCUAUUUUCAUAUUUGGUUUGGGGAUCAGUAUCCACGUGCAUUUCAAGAAAUCACUGAAACUAAAUAUAAACAAACCAUUUUGUUAAUUUUUCUCUAUUUCUUAUGUCUCUUUUCCUCUUCCUCUGCUCCUUUCUUUGUUGUUGAUAUUUUGCAGUAUUUCCUUUAUAAAUGUGAGUAGUAUCUUGUCUAGGUUUUCUCUUUUUCCAUGUUUGGUUGUUCAAGAAGCUGUCCACUGACUUGCCUGGUGGCUGCAGUGACUUAGAUUCCCACUGACAUUGUAUCUCUGUGUCCUUUUUCCUGCAUUGUCUCCAGCUUUUGUUAUUGGUUAGAACCUUAAGGGUAGAUUAGACAGAGAAGAGACCCGAGUGUAUAUUAGAUGGUCAUUUUCUUCUUGGCUAAAUCUGUGGAGUAUGUGCUAUGUACAUUUAAGCUGUUUUAAUUGCUUUUUAACUUGCUCUAAUUUUCAUCCUUAUUUAUUGAUUAUAAUAUUAUUUAUUUGCUUUUGAAAAAUUCUUCAUAAAUUCUGUAUUUGUAUAUUGUACUAAGAAAGUUUGCUAAUAAAUUAAUCCAUUCUGUAGGCUCUUUCUUCAUACCAUUUCAAUGCAAGUUUUUAAUUGUAUGCAGUCCUGUUUGUUGCUUUUUGCUCUUGUGUCCUAUUAAUUUGUAGUUCUAUUCAGAAACUAGGUCCCUAUGUCCAUAUAUGGACUUGUUUUCCAUUGUGUUACUCUGCACAUUUCACAAUUCAUUGAACAGGACUCAGUUUCUUUCUUUUAAAAGUAGAUACUUUUCUGUUUAUCUUUGGUUGAUGAGACUGUCUAUAGAGUAUCAUUUUGUUGUUUUGGUGAAAGUCACCUGCUGGAUAUGGUGGAUCCUCUUCUGUGACUCCCAUGGUGCCUUUGCACCUGUAGGAUUACAGGAUCAUUUGAAAUCACAGCUGUAUAAAUCAAGCUUUGCUCUGUGUCUGGGGUUGCUCUGUACUCUUAAGGUCUUUGUGCUUCUGUGUAAAUUUAUAGAAGCCUCUCUCUCUCUCUCUCUCUCUGUAUAUAUAUAUAUGAAGUAAUUCAUGGGGACAUUGCUAUGGAUUUUGAGUUAGUCAUAUAAAUCUUUUAACACUGUUAUUUUCAUAAUAAUAUGUCCCAUUCCAUGUCCAUGCAAGGUUUUCUCAUCUUGUGACAAUUCCUCAAUUCCUUCAAUUCCUAAUUCCUUCAGUGAAUUCAGAUUUCAUUUUAGAGGUCUUUUCUGCUUAGUUUUUUCCUUUGCUUUCUUCAGAUUUUCUUUUAAUUUUUUUUUCCUGUUCAGUUUUAGUUAAUUAACAGGGAGUGUAAAACUUCUAAUUAGAUGGUUAUAUCAAUGAUUUUAAAAGGUCCGCCUUUAACUAGUCAUUGAUAUCUCCCUUAAGUUCUUAAAGUUUAAGUUUGGAUUAAUCUUUAUAAUUAAUAAAUAUUUAUAUUUAAUCACUGCAGAGGUUUAAUCACUCACAAUUAUCCCCAGCACUCCCAACACUCUCCCUUCCCGAGUUAGCCAUAUGUCUUCCCAUUAGCCACCCUCAUAUUUCAUGAAUUUUUGGGUGUGCUUAGGCCAGGUAUCCAGGCCAUGUAUUCAUAAUUUAAACUGCCAUGUCAUGACACAAGAGGGUUUUAUACAUUUCUUCCUUAUCUUCCGGUUCUUACAAUCUUUUUUGCCUGUACUUUGGUCUUAUUCCCUGUGGUUUAUAUGUAGGAAGCUAUUCCCAUAAUAGACUGUACAGUCAGCAGCCAAUUGUUCUCAGUAUUUGAUCAGUUAUGAGCCUACGAAAUAACUGUUGCUCUUUCAAAACAACGUUUCUUUGACACAUGGUGAAGAACCACCAGGCUAUGAGUAUGAACUGAGUCAUUUAAAAGAAGUUUAAAUAUUUGCACAUGCAGGAAAAUGUCAGUUGUGGAUUCCUUCCCAGGACCUGUGACCUUUCUCAUCAUUGGCUUUUGGCCAGCUUCCCAGAAACAUCCAUCUAUUUCCUUCUGCAGAACAGGCCUGUAGUCAAACCAAAAAGUGUUUUCUUACCCAUAAAAGCUUCUUGCCAGUAUGACACCAGAGGGCAUGCUUUGCCUGGAAGGUUAGGAUUUUAGCAAGUAGGAUACAAAUCUGGGUAUUGCCGUUGAUAAUAUGGUCCCUGACCCAGCUUUUAUAGCAGCUUUUAACACUAGGGAGUCUAAGAUACUUUUAGAUACUGUGAGUGGUCUGCUGCCUUCUCAGUAUCUUCUUGUUGUUAUGAUAAAAAUGAAAUAAGAAAACAAACAAAAUAACAAGUGCUGUUGUAUGUGGAUUAUACAGCUUAUUAGGAUGAUCAGAUCUGAGCUCUCUCAUGACUAUUUAAAGUUUUGGAUUUCAGAGUUCUACUUCCUUUAUAGGAGGUUUACUUUCCUCUUGAACAGCUUACUCAUUGAUGUACUGUGUUGAGUUAGUGUGGAGGAAGUAGACACUUCUCUGUCCUGAUUAUAGUGAAAUGAUCCCAGUUGUCCUUCUUUUGUAGCAUAAGGUUUAGCUGUGGCUCAUUGUCUUUAUUAUGUCUUUAUUACUGUGUGUUCCUUUUCAUAUUCUUCAGAGCUUUUAUUCUGGCAAAUGUGAUAUUUUGCCACAGACCUUUCAGGAGUCUAUUGACAUGGUCUUAUUUCUCUCCCUGAGUGUACAUAUUUGGUGUCUUAACAUUGAUUGCGUUUUCUGGAAUAUUCUCCUUUUGUCAUUAGUGUAAGGUUUACCUAAAGGAAAGGAGAGUUCCAUACUGAAUCUCUCCAGUCCUCAGAGACCUUAGAGGAAGCUCUUCUUGCCUCAGUCUCAGCACUUUGUUAAUUUCUGGUCUAUUUUUAUUACACAGAAGUGUGAUUUGUUCACUUGUUUCUCGGAAUUCAUCCUUUUCUUCUUCGAUUUUUAUUUGUUUGUGUAUAUGACUUCCCACAGUUAAAACAAAAGGCAACACUGACAUCAUUGCCAUACACUACAAUGUCCCCUUUCACCUCUAGUCCUAGUACUUAAGGAUUCAUUCUUUUAGUUUGUAUUAGGUAAAAAUGCUUCCUCUGUACUCUAAUCUCAUCACAGAAACAAGUUGAUUCCGUUAACUUAUUGUAUUAUCUUUGAUUCUCUAUUAGUUGCUAUACAAACUUUUUAAAAAUAUCUUCCUAUAUACUAUUUCAGAUUGGCUUGUUCUUAUGCUUAUAAGGCCUCAGGCACAUAGUUAUAGACAAAUGUCUUUUAUAACCAGCACCUCUUCCUGCCAAAACUUCUGAGCAUGUUUUUGUCAGCUACAUCUAUGCGACUGUCUUUUAUGAACUUGUACUCACCCUGACACUCUUAAGAACAAAAUUGCCCUCAUUGCUCCAUGAAUUCUGUGCCACUGUUCCUUGAUUUAAGUCUCUACAGUAGCUAACUAAGGAACAGUAAACAAGGGGCGGGAGAGGAGGCUCAUCAGUUACGAUCAGGAGCAGUUGUUGCCCUUGCAGGUUCCAGAUUGUUCCCUUCAUGCAUGGAUACUAAUACCCUCCUGUAACUCAGGUUUCAGAGGAUUAGGUGCUCUCUUCUGGUCGUUGGAGGCACUGCAAUAAGAGGUGCACAGACCUAUGUGCAGGCAGAGGCACUCAUAUACAUUAAAAAAAAAAAAGAAGAAAAAGAAAAGAGAAAACAAAACAAAAGAAAAGAGAAAGAAAGAAAGGGAAAAGAGAAAGAGAGAGAAAACAAGAGGUAUUGUAUAAGAAGUCAAGAUACAGGAAAGAGCACAGAAUUGUCACUCCUAGUGUGAGACUAAAGGUGGAGUCUGGAUAUGUGACAGGACAGGUGACACCUCAUAUCAGCAUUGGAAGAGUUAGGGAUGAUACCUACAUAGGGUAAAUAAAGUUGUUUGUGUUCAUGGAGCCCAGAGCUGGAGAACAUUCUUUGGCCUUUGUAAUGUGGAAGCAGAAUGUUUAUCAUACUGAUGAUGUAGUUAGGAACACGGUAGAAAUUUUUGAGAGGAUCCUCCCUAAUUGUGCAAGAUUUUCUACUACAGGAAAAUGCUAUGAUCCAUCUACAGAGAAGCCUACUAUGGAAGGAAAGUGAAUUGCGUCAAGCACCACAGUUUUCUUAUUCUGUCAUGUAAUGACCAGCCCCGGAUCUCAAAACCUCCUUACUGAGGUGUGACAUAGAAUUGGCAUGUUCCCAUUCUAAAUAGUUCAUGAUUACUAAAUAGGAUUUGGAUAUUAAGGACUGUGUUAAUUGUGUCCUAAGUCACACAUAACUCUCCUGUGCUGUUCAUAAGUGAAGGGCAUUAAAGCCAAACACAUUGAGUGACAUUCUCACUAUCAGACUCACUGCAGGGCAGUGGUUUCCAAUUGAACAUCAAAAGAACCUGUAGGUCCUGCAUGUUUUUCUCUGAUGAGAGUUGGCUGCAUGUGGUAACUUUACCGGAGCUUUUGAUCUUGCUGGAUUUCACCUUCAUCUCUAGACUGCUGAUGAAUUGCAUGAUGCUGCUGUGAAUUCCACUGGCCUCAUAUAAACAAACACCUUCUAUUGAGAGAGGAAACAUACCUUUUUUAUUGCUGCUCAUCCGGUCCUUUCCACUUUGUUACUUUAAAAAUAAUGAAUUCUCCAUUUGUGUGUCCUCUGUUUUUUCCUGGGUGAGGUUAGUGGAGAUGUUAAGUGAUGUCUUAGUUUGGGUUUCAUUGCUGAGAAAAGACACCAUGACCAAGGCAACUCUUAUAAAGGAAAACAUUUAAUUGUGUCUAGCUUACAAUUUCAGAGAUUUAGCCCAUUAUUAUGGUGUGAAGCAUGGCAGUGUCCACACAAGACACUCCAUCUUGAUCCACAGGCAGCAAAAGGGACUCUCAUUCUACACCUAAUUGAGCCUGAGCAUAAGAGACCUCAAAGCCUGCCCUCAGAGUAACACACUUCCUCCAAAGGCCAUACCUACUCCAUUAAGGCCAUGCAUUCUAAUAGUGCCACUCCCCAUGGGCCAAGCAUUCAAACAUAUGAGUCUAUGGGGCAAACCUACUAAAACCAUCACAAAUGAUGGUUCUUUUCUCCCUCAAAAUGAAGACCUUCUCUCCUAUUUCCUCAUAGUGUAGCUUUCUGAGCUCUAUUCUGUUACCUUUGUGUUGGUUUAACUCUGCUUUGAUAAUAUACAUUUCCUAACCUCAUUUACUGUUAUUCUUCUUGCUUUGCUCAUUGAGUGUCUUUUAAAUUCUCCCAGGAAUUCAUAAACAUCAGCAGUUUGUUUCUAGAGAUUUAUUUGGGUUAUUUUACUUAUUUUUAUCUUCAAGCACACUUGACUGUUCUUUGCCUUUGAUCAUUUGUGAAAUUUGAAUGUAUUAUUUCAAUUUUAUGGAAAACAGUAGAGUAACUUUUCUGAAAUCAUGAAAAACAGUAUGUGUCUUCCCCAUACUGGGGAAGGUCAGUUGUAAGUGAAGUUAGAGGUAAAUGGCACCUGCUCUCACAUAUUUAACCUAAAACUCUUUAAUAUGAAAUCAUAGAAAUGUUCUUUAACUAUCAAGAAAAUUAUUGAAGAUGACAUAAAUAUAAUAUAAGUGUGAUUUGGGGUGUGUGUGUGUGUGCGUGCCGUAAUUAUGUAAACUAAAAAAAUAAGUUAUGUAGAAUGAAGAUAAGCCAGACCCUGACCUUAGAAAAGGCAGUGGGGAUGGAGUACUUUGAGAUCUAGUUAGCUUGCUUGGGGUUAUGAGCCACAAACACACAGGGCUGGUCUGGAAGACAAAUGGCUGCAGAGUCCAUUUGACCCACCAUGCCAAGUUAUGUUUGGCAGAAAAAAAAAAUCCUCCCCGCCCUCUUUCUCUCAUUUAUUUAUUUGUUUGUUUGUUUAAUAAUUGGCAGGAAUUUGGAUUUCCUUUCAUGGCUGUAUUUGCACUAUUUCCUGUGACUAUAAAAAGCUGCAGAGGUUUUGUUUUGGGAAUUUUAACAAACAUUUCAGUAGUUAUGCAAAAUGCUUUGUUGCAUAGGACUCAGAAGAACCCAUGCUAAUUUCACUCUCUCACUUAUGAUUGUGAAUUCUCAGGCAAAAAGCUAAGUUUCCCGGACCCCUAAUUUCUAUUUAAAGAAAACUUUUCUUACCUACUUCUAGGAUUGAGCUCCUCACUUCUAUAUUUGUAGUUUUCCUGUGACGAUGUGACGGUUUCCAUUAUCUACUUUUGUGGAAAAUGUCAGUAUUUUGCUGAUGGGAAUUGCAUUGAUUCUGCUGGUUGCUGUUAGUAAUAAAUCAUUUACGCCACAUUGUUUGUCAGUCAGAGUGCGUGGCAGUCCGUGUCCUUUUGUGCUCUUGUUUUUCUGUCUUUUUAUUUUAUUUUAUUUUAUUUUAUUUUAUUUUAUUUUAUUUUAUUUUAUUUUAUUUCUGAGUGCCUUAAAAUUCUCCUCACAGAAGAGAAGUCCUCAUGAUUUAUUCCUAGUUCUUUGUGAACCUACCUGAAUGUGUCACAUUUGCAACUUACUCCUCAAAUUGUCAUUAUAUAUCUGUAGGAAACUAGUCAUUUUGUGUAUUAGUUUUGCAUUUUUUCAAGAAGAUUUUUUUCCCAUGGUGUCUGUGGGAAGUUUUGUGUGUGACUUGAUCAUUUAAAACAAAUUAUUUUCAGUGUUUAGGGUUACAUUUAAACAUAAUUGGUUUGGGCAAACGACAUACAAUUUUAAGUUAACCUGCAUGCUGGAAAUGUGUUUAAAUAAAGGAAAAUCUUUUUGAAAUGAAAAAAAAAAAAAAACCAAACAAACAAAUUUGUUGCCAUUCUUCUUUACUUAUAUCUCCUUUCUCCUCUUUGUCGUAUUCAGAUUUCUCUAGCUUACUCUGGAGUAAAAGAGACUGGAGAGUGUAUGCGUCUUCCUCUCCUUACAGUGUUCCCGCUCAUGUUCUUCCCUGUUUUCCCUCUGCACUGGGCUGCAGGGCUCCAUUUAGCAUAUCUGCCCUUUACUGUAUCGCACUGUGUUCCAUUUCUUCCUAUUUGCUUUAGGAGUUCAUCACAAGGCAAUCGUAUUAAACUUUGUCUCAGAUAUCUUCAUCUCUACUGAGAUUUUCAUAUUUCAGGGUUUUUAUUUCUUAUAGUAUUUUAAAAGUAUCUGCUGGUUGGUAACAUUUCUGGUAGUAUUUUUUUCCCCUCCAGUUAGAACUAGUGGUUUGUUGUUUUUGUGUGAGUUGGACAUGAACCCUUACUCCCAGCUCUCUACUAUUCAUCAACUCUUUAUGUAAAACAUUUCUAUGUUAUCAUGGAUAAAUUUUCUCUAUUUUUUCUAUGUAUAAUUUAUCUCUAAUUGUGAUCUUUAGUGCUGCCUGAGAGGGUGACCUGUGUAAUUUCAUAACUUCUUCAAAUGCACGUUCUUACCCGUUAAUUUUAAGAGCCAAAAUUUGUGGGUGCAGUGAUAAGACCCAUAGUUACUUCCUUUCAUCAGCCCAAAUAUAUUUUUCCCUGCUUUUCCCUCUAUAAGGACAUUGACAGCACCUCAGACAGCUUUUGUUGUUGUUGUUUUGAGGUUUUCUUAUGUGGUUUAGCAUUCUCUAUAAGAGGAUUGUAUUAAUUUUAGCUUUUUAUUUUUGACAUCUUGAUGUGAAAUGUCAAGAAGAGUUCCCGUCUUUGUUCCUGAGACAGAAACUCAGAAAGGAGCAACAGGAAAAAUGGCUGCUUCUCUGAUAGAUGUGCCCCAGGAUCUACUGACAUUCAGAAAUGUGGCUGUGGACUUCUCCAAGGAGGAAUGGGAAUAUCUCAACUCCUCUCAAAGAGCUCUAUACAUGGAUGUAAUGUGGGAGAAUUACAGCAAUCUAGUCUUUGUAGAAAACCAUUGCAUAUGUGGUAAAUACGAAGAGGACAUGGAUCAAAGUUCAAAUCAUAUUAUCUAUCAACAUGCAAAUAUUGAAGAGAAGUCUUACAAAUAUCAUGAGCUUGACAAAAUGCUUUAUGAAUCCUCCCAAAGCACACCUUAUAAUACAAGUGAUACUACAGAAAACUGCAAGAUGUAUGGGAGUGAUAACCAAUGGGAUCCAUCUAAUGAAUCAUUAAACCUAAAGGCACAUAAAAGUAGGAGCACUGAGGAAGAAGAAUACAAAGAUUAUAGGGAGUAUUUAAAUUUGUGUUCCAUCAUUGGCUCAUAUACACAAAUGGACACUAGAAAGAAAGAACACAAAAUUACAGAGCAUGAUAAAUUUUUUGACUCUAAACAUAAACUCAUGAUAAAACGAAUGUGUAGUGGAGAAAAACCUUACCAAUGCAGAAAGUGUGGAAAAUGUUUUAGGACCUAUUCAAGUCUCUAUAGGCAUCGGAGAACUCAUCCUGGAGAGAAACCCUAUAAACUUACAGAAUGCAAUAAGUCCAUUCUGUAUUUAUCACACCACAAAGUACAUUAUAAUAUCCAUUAUGGAGAAAAACCCUACAAAUGUAUAGAAUGUGGUAAGUGCUAUUAUCAUUCAUCAUUUGAAAAACAUUACAGAAUUCACUCUGAAGAGGAGUCUUACAAAUGUAAUGAUUGUAGAAAAUCCUUUAUCUGCUGCUUAGGUCUUAAAAGACACCAUAAAAUUCAUGGAGGAGAGAGGCCUUAUGAAUGUAAGCAAUGUAGUAAGUCCUUCUAUACAUCAUCACACCUUGAAAAUCAUUACAGAACCCACCGUAGAAAACUUCACAGAUGUAAUGAAUGUGGCAAAUCCCUUUCCUCCUCUUCAGGUCUUCAAAGACAUCAGAGAAUUCAUAGAGGAGAGAAAGCAUACAUAUGUGCUGAAUGUAACAAAUGCUUCAUUCAGAAAUCCCAACUUAAAACACAUCAAAGAAUUCAUACAGGAGAGAAAAGUUACAAAUGUAGUGAAUGCGAGAAAUCCUUUACUGUUGGCUCAUCUCUAAGAAUACAUCAAAGAAUUCAUACUGGAGAGAAACCUUACAAAUGCAGUGAAUGUCACAAGUGCUUCAUUCAGCAAGCCCACCUUAGAAGACAUCAGAAGAUUCAUACUGGAGAGAAACCUUACAAAUGUAGUGAAUGUGAGAAAUCCUUUACAGUAGGCUCGGAUCUUAGAAUGCAUCAAAAAAUUCAUACUGGAGAGAAACCUUACAAAUGUAGUGACUGUGAUAAAUGCUUUAUCCAGAAAGCAAAACUUAAAAAACAUCAAAGAAUUCACACAGGAGAGAAACCUUACAAAUGUAGUGAAUGUGAAAAAUGCUUUACUGUUGUCUCGGAUCUUAGAACACAUCAGAAAAUUCAUACUGGUGAAAAACCUUAUAAAUGCAGUGAAUGUGACAAGUGUUUUAUCAGGAAAGCCAACCUUAGGAGACAUCACAGAAUUCAUACAGGAGAAAAACCUUACAAAUGCAGUGACUGUGGCAAAUGCUUUAUCCAGAAAGCCAAUCUUAGAACUCAUGAGAGAAUUCAUACUGGAGAGAAACCUUACAAAUGUGAAUGUGGGAAAUCCUUUACAGUUGGCUCAGAUCUUAGGAAGCAUCAGAAAUGUCAUACUGGAGAAAAACCUUACAAAUGCAGUGAAUGUAACAAGUGUUUUAUCAGGAAAGCCCACCUUAGAAGACAUCAAAGAAUUCAUACUGGAGAGAAACCUUACAAAUGUAGUGACUGUGGCAAAUGCUUUAUCCAGAAAGCCAAUCUUAGAACACAUCAGAAAAUCCACACAGGAGAGAAACCUUACAAAUGUAGUGAAUGUGACAAAUGCUUUAUCCAGAAAGAUCACCUAAGAACACAUCAGAGACUUCAUACAGGAGAGAAACCUUACAAAUGUAGUGAAUGUGAAAAAUCCUUUACUGGUGGCUCAGUUCUUAGAAAACAUCAGAAAAUUCAUACUGCAAGAAGCCUUACUAAUGCAAUGAAUUUGACUAAUCCUUUAUCCAAGAAGCCUACCUUAGAACUCAUCAAAGAAUUUAUACAGGAGAGUAGCCUUUUAAAUGCAAUGUAUAUAGCACAGUCUUUACCUGCCUCUCAUGUCUAAGAAAACAUCAGAAAAUUCAUAUAGAAAACAAAAGUUUCUAUAGUAAAUACUGUGGCAUAUGCUUUAGACAAGCUCUGUAGUAAUAGACCACUACAGGUUUCACACUAGAGAAUCAUGAACAUGAGAAACUUGAGAACAGCUUUGAAUAAUGUUCAAAUGUUAGAGAAAAAAAAAAUCAAGACUGUAUACCAAGGGAAAACGCUGCAAAUGUGACAUUUAUUAAAAUGUUUCUUUUUCAAACUCAAAUAUUUCACAAUGACAACAAAAUGGAGACGCCUGAAGAAAAAAAUGUUCUGUUGUGUGGUAGGCUUUUAAAAAUUUUUUAUUUUAAAUUUUUUUUUUAAACUAAAACAUUCCAUCCAAUACGGAAGCUGAAUAAGGCAGGAAAUAAACUCAAGACAUCUUCAGGCAGUACCUGAAACUGACAGGAUUUACUGUGCUUACUUUGAAGAAACUCAUACCAGUUUUGCUGCUUAGAAGACAUUUUGAUGCAUUGAGCCAAUAAGCUAUAAUGCCCUUUAACCAGUAGAUGUGACUACAGGUGUGUAGUGUGCUCUGGGUAUCCAGUGUUCAUAAACUGUAUUUCAUGCUGGCCUGGAGUUUCAUGGUGCAACUGUCUCUUACUCCUAUAAGCACCUCCAUUCUCGUAUUUAUGUAAGUAACCCAAUAAAGCCCAUUGGUUAAACAAGAUGGAUUUCAGUGGCAAGCAUACUUGGUUUUGUUAUGAAUUCCCAUUUUAGCUGAGUUGUUUCUAGCCAGGAAAAGUCUCUCAUACAACAUGUGCUGAACCCAUUAAUUUUUCCUCAAAACUUGUAUGGCAGAAAAUCAGUAUUAGAGAAAAAACAUUUGAUUAAAGUAUGGAAGUUCUUUGUGAUUACUGUUCCAGGCUUACUACUAUGGUAGUACAUGAUCCCAUUAAAAAGACUCAACACAGACAGCAUGUAGAGGCUUAGGGAGCCUGAGAAAGAAGGCUACUCUCUUCCUUGUAUUCAUGGAGGAGAGUGAGAAGUCCUUGGUGAGACAAAUGAAAAUAUGGCUAUAAACCUGUGUUACUGAAAGACAACAUCUAAACUGGGCUAUUUCCAUAUAUGACUCUGAGCUCAUGCUUAGACCCCAUGAUUCAGUCCAACUCCAAUGACCCUCAGAACACCACUGUCCAUGAGCAAAUACAAAAAAAAGUGCUAUUCUCAUGUCCUGUUGUACUUUAGAAAUCCCACUCUACAAGCCUCAUCAAAUGAAUUGAAUUCCUUUUGUUAAAUCCUUUACACAAAGCUGAAAUUGUAAACAUCAGAAAACUUAUCAUGAAAUAAAACCACAUAAAAUGCUUUAAUAAAGGCCUGUAUUUACUUUAA